AAACCUCGAUGGCUUCAUCCCUCCAUGUUUCGAAUACCAUGAUACGGUCGCAAUGUUGAAGUUUCGUUGAUAUUGCGACAUGUCAUUGAGGAAAGAGAGAUCGGGCGCGAGUCCGGGCCGCGAGAGCUUUGGGAAUUGGGAAUACGCGACGCGAACCCAUCUAUCUCCGUUACAUCUUCUUCGAUACCACGUACUGACGUCGGUGUUUCUGUUGAACAGACGACCCGGCGCAUAGCUCGAGUACAUCACAACAGCUCGAGUAGUCAUGUCGAAUCCGAAUUACAGCGCUAUGCAGAGCAACCAGCCCGGCGUACCUCCGCCCAAGCGCUACGAUGGUCGCGACGGAGGUCCGGUUUACGACCCAAGCCAUGGAGGCCACUACGGCGCCAGCUCCUACAUAGCUUCCCAGGGCAACGCACCCCCUCCGGAAACAUUCACGGGACAAUGGUCGAACGUGUCGCAAGGCCUGUCAGGAAACUACCGGGAUAUCUUAAACACGUACUGGCAGAACCAAGUCAGCAAGCUCGAGACGGACGAACAUGACUACAAGAUCCACCAACUGCCACUGGCGCGUAUCAAGAAAGUCAUGAAGGCAGAUCCCGAAGUCAAGAUGAUCUCCGCCGAAGCGCCAAUAUUAUUCGCGAAAGGCUGCGACAUCUUCAUCACCGAGCUUACCAUGCGCGCCUGGAUCCAUGCCGAGGAGAACAAGAGACGCACCUUGCAACGCAGUGACAUAGCAAGUGCACUGGCUAAAAGCGACAUGUUCGAUUUCCUCAUUGACAUUGUGCCUCGCGAAGACGCUACACCUCAGCACAAACGCAGAUCAGACUUCCCUCCUGGCAGCUACCCAGUCUCUGAUGCAAACAUUGCUACCGCUGGCCCUUCAAUGCAGGCCCCGCCCGCGGCCGCACAGCUUCAGAGCCAGGAACAGGGACAGCACAUGCAACCGACAGACUAUAGUGCCAUGGGCCAGCACGUGGCACAAGAGCCGUACCAGACGCAGCAGGGCAUGUACCCGCCUCCUGCACCCGCGCCCGGCUACCAACAGCCACAUGCCUUUGAUCCUAACAUGUACACUGGCGGUUACAACAUGUUGCAGCAACCCCAAAUGUUCGCGCAACAAGGACAGAGGAUGGCGGAUCCCUCGAUGGGCGGUAACGAUGGACAGCAUCAUUAUCGUGCACCCGAAGAUGAUGCCGAGGGCGAGAGGGACCAGUACGAAGUAUGAACGGAUGGAUGCAGCGACAUGACAAACACUUGAUACCCCCCACUUACAACAAGCACUAUUAAAACAGCAAAAGCAAACAAAAACAUCAUCACAAGACAAGAGACACAUCGAGGCAAGGAAGACGAGAAUGAUCGGGGAUAUCGCAAGGCAAUGAAUGGGCAAGGAAGAUUACGGAAUGGACUGUAUUUGGGUUCCUGGGACUACAACAUUCUCUUUAUGGCAGACACACGAAUUCAUACCGGAAGCCUUGAGUGAUGGGGCAGAGGCAAGCCGUGUUAUUCUCUUCUAUAUCCCUAGCCUUGGCUAUUGUAAACGAUCUGGCUGGCAAGGACAAGCACCUUGAUGAGAUCGGGAAGUUGGAGAGAUAUGAUCCGAAUUCAGACCCUGAUUAGCCGAAGCCGACCUCGG